AUGGCUUCCCAGAGUCGCACCUUGCCAGUGCUCGUGGCCGCGGCUUGCUGCGUUGCCGUGCUUCGCAGCUUCUGCGCACCGAGCCAGCCAACCUUCGUUGCGCCUCAACAGAGUGUUCACAUGGGCUGCCAGGCCUUGUCGGGUGGUGCUCUGGCCUCCGGCAAUGUGCCUGCCAUCGUCAACACGGUGCCAGCUCGUCCUGGUGUGCCCGCCCACUUCAAGGUGACACUCGAGACUCCAGAUGGUACCCAGUCCUUUGCAACAUGGCAGCACUCCACAGCAGUUUUGUAA